CCCAUGGCUGCUCCGGACGACCCUCGGCCCGCAGAUCACAUGACAAAGGAGCCAGUAGAAGACACAGACCCAAGCACUUUAUCUUUUCAUAUGUCAAACAAAUAUCCUAUUCAAGAUACAGGACUCCCUAAAGCUAAGGAAUGUGAUCCAAUUAUUUUGAAUUGCCCAACAAAUUCUGAUGUGCAACAUCAGGAAGAAGAAAAUAACUUUCCAGACAGUACUGGGGAUCCACUCUCAGAUGUCAUCGAAGAGAAGUCCUGUAAAGAGAACUGUACCUGCUCUUCCUGCUUGCCCCGCACUCCCACCAUAAGUGACUUACUCAAUGACCAGGACUUACUAGAUGUGAUUAAGAUAAAGCUGGAUCCAUGUCACCCAACGGUAAAAAACUGGCGGAAUUUUGCAAGCAAAUGGGGCAUGCCUUACGAUGAACUAUGUUUCCUGGAGCAGAGUCCUCAGAGCGCCACCCUGGAAUUCUUGUUUCGGAACAGUCAGAGGACAGUGGGACAGCUGAUGGAGCUCUGCAGGCUCUACCACAGGGUUGAUGUGGAAAGAGUCCUACACAAGUGGGUGGAGGAGGAGUGGCCAAAGAGGGGUCAUGGGGACCACCCAAGGGACUAAUAGGCCUCUUUUUCUUUUUCUUGGCAUCUUUAGACAUGGGAAUUAUCACAGGUAAAAGAGGAAUGUGAAUUGUUUUCUUUUUUCUAAACCAAGAGUUUAGAAUAAAGACAUGGACAGUGAACAUUAGUUUCUUCCCAAAGCUGGUAGGUUUGUAAAGGGGUAGGUUGUGUAUUGGUGAUGGAUUUUCAU